AUGAAAAGAGCUUCAUUAAGACCUCAACAACUCAAAGAGAAGCUCCUUCAGGCCAUCGAUGCUCAAAGUAACAUACAGAACAUGAUGGCUGUAUUGGAUGUGAUAUGCUGCCUGGAAAGUUACCCCAUGACUAAAGAGGCUCUAGUGGAAACCAGGCUUGGAAAGUUGAUCAAUGAAGUGAGAAAAAGGAGCACAGAUGAAGAUCUUGUUAAACGUUUAAAAAAUCUGAUACGACAUUGGCAGAGGCUGGUUGGCGUAAAUGAAGUCACAGUAGAAGAGCUCUCAAGCUUUGCAGUCAAUUCGACUUCUGCUGAAUGUAUUCCUGGAUCAACACAAACCCUUACUGAAAAUUACCACAGUAACAUGAGUGAGAGGGCUGAAAUGUCUCGGGGUUCUGUGCCAGAUAAAACCAUUAAACAUCUAAAUAAUUUUAGAAAGAGUAAAAUACCUGUCCGUGCGAUCAAGCCAUAUUCUUCGUCCAUCAAGCAUUUACAACAGUCCACAAGCUGGAGAACAUCUCUGUCCAAUCAUCAUUCCCAAAAAGACCAGCACAAGUCUGAAAGAAACACCACCUCUGCCAGUCACAGUGACAAAAAGCACGUUUUGGCAACCAAGGAACCAGCACAAUCCACUUCUAAUCUACCAAUUUCAUCUAUCCAAGAUUCAUAUGUAAAGAAGAUGCAACAGCCUUCAGACCUCCUCAACAUACUCAAACCUGCUACACUACAUGGUAACCUCGAUGAGGUCUCCAGCACAGUGACAGACACAAAGAUAAAGGGUUUUGAGGAUAAGACGAGGAAGAAAGAGCAUAACAGUCACACUGUCAAACACAAUGGAGAGGACAGUACCAAAACGGCACGACUGCAAGCAGGCAAACUACCAAUCAAACCUAUAUCAAGCAAAACAUUUACAAAAGAUUGCCAGAGAUCAACAGGAAGUGAAAUCCAGGGCAGUGAUCAUCUGAAUAACAGCCUUUGUUCGUUCCAACAGACAAACUGGAGAGAGGUGUCAGAAAGUAAGAUGAUUCAGAAUAGCUUACCGACUUCAGAAAAGUCAGGGAUGAGCUUCUCUGUGGGUGAGAACAUCAAGCAAGAGAUAAAGAAUUCCAGAGAGUGCAGAAAAACUCAUGGGUUUAUACCAGAGUUCCCUGUGAAAGCCCUUCCAGGGGUCAGCCGAGAGGUCACGGAGCGAGACCUCGUCAGGAUACGCAGUCAGCGAUGGCAUGGUGUGAAUGGCUGUUACGAUAACCGGAAUAACUGGUAUGACUGGACUCAGUCCAUCACCCUGGAUCCAUAUGGGGAUGGGAGUACAUUUAAGAUUUUGCCUUAUGUUGGCAUAGAUUACAGACUAUGA